UGGAUGGACCCUUGUUUUUUAAAGCGGCACAACAGCUGCACAAAAACCCUUCGCCAUGAUGCUGCGCUGCUUUUCCUGACUAAACAGGCGACACGACGAAUGAAAUAAAGCCUAAACGAGACACACAGCAGACUUCAGGAGUUGGUAUGAUAUUGGAGUGGUCUAGGGAUGCCCAAGGAGAAAUAUGACCCGCCUGACUCCAGGCGGAUGUACACCAUCAUGUCCAGUGAGGAGGCCAACAGUGGCAAGAAAUCCAUCUGGGAUGGGCUUGAAAUAACUGGUAACGUCCGGAGUCUCAGCUCGGGCCUGUGGUCGCUCACACAUCUCACUGCUCUGCACCUCAGUGACAACUGUCUGUCCCGCAUCCCGCCCGAAAUCGCCAAGCUGCACAACCUUGCAUUCUUGGAUUUGUCGUCCAAUAAGAUCAGGAGCCUGCCAGCAGAGCUUGGCAACAUGGUGUCUCUCAGGGAACUGCUUUUAAAUAACAACCAGUUGCGGGUUCUGCCUUUUGAGUUGGGGAAACUGUUUCAGUUACAAACACUGGGGUUGAAAGGCAAUCCACUCGCUCAAGAAAUCAUGAGCCUCUAUCAGGAGCCCGAUGGCACCCGGCGACUGCUGAACUACCUUUUGGACAAUCUUGCUGGUGCUAUCAAGCGCAUCCCAACAGAGCAGCCUCCUCCCCGCUCCUGGAUUGUGCUGCAGGAGGCUGAAAGGUCAAGACCAACAGCCCUGUUAACUGUAAUGUGCUAUAACGUGCUGUGUGAUAAAUACGCCACACGCCAGCUCUACGGCUACUGCCCGUCCUGGGCUCUAAACUGGAGCUACAGGAAAAAGUCCAUCAUGCAGGAGAUCCUCAACUGCAAUGCAGAUAUCAUCAGCUUACAGGAAGUGGAGACCGAGCAGUAUUUUAACUUCUUCCUGGUGGAGCUGAGUAAACAGGGGUACGAUGGAUUCUUCAGCCCAAAAUCCCGGGCCAGAACCAUGUCUGAAUCAGACAGGAAACAUGUAGAUGGAUGUGCAAUAUUUUACAAGACUGAGAAGUUCAGCGUGGUGCAGAAACACACUGUAGAGUUUAACCAGUUGGCUAUGGCAAAUUCAGAAGGCUCGGAGGCCAUGUUGAAUCGGGUCAUGACCAAGGACAACAUUGGCGUGGCUGUUUUGCUGGAGCUGAAAAAGGAGUUAAUUGAAGUGUCAUCGGGCAAGUCAAUCCAUGCAAUGGAGAAACAGCUCCUACUAGUGGCUAAUGCUCACAUGCACUGGGACCCAGAGUACUCUGACGUGAAGCUGGUGCAGACCAUGAUGUUCCUGUCAGAGGUGAAGAACAUCAUGGACAAAGCGUCUCGCAGUCUGAAGCACUCCUCUGUGUCUGGAGAAACCAGCAGCAUCCCUCUGGUUCUGUGUGCUGACCUCAACUCACUACCUGACUCGGGUGUUGUGGAGUACCUGAGCACAGGUGGAGUCGACAGCACACACAAAGACUUCAAGGAGCUGCGCUACAGUGACAGCCUGACCAACUUCAACUGCAACGGCAAAAACAGCACAUCUAACGGAAGGAUCAUGCAUGCGUUCAAGCUGAAGAGUGUCUACGAGAACGGGCUCAUGCCUUAUACCAAUUACACGUUUGAUUUUAGGGGUGUCAUUGACUACAUCUUCUACUCCAGGCCGCAGCUGAACGUGCUGGGCGUUCUUGGGCCUUUGGACACAAACUGGCUCCUGGAGAACAAUGUCAGUGGCUGCCCGCACCCUCUUAUCCCCUCCGAUCACUUCUCCCUGUUUGCACAACUGGAGUUGGUCCUGCCUUAUCCGUCCACUCUCAAUGGAGUCCACUUACCUGCGCACAGGUAGUGAGCCCUCCUGGCCACUGGUGGCACUGCAGAGUCCUACGUUUUUCUGAAACGAUAAAACCUCUAAGCUAUUCUUUAUUUUUAAAAAUCGACAUAUAUAUAUUUUUUUCUCUUCUACCUUUAGUCAUUUUAGGGUCCAAACAAGUACCUAUAUGUCAGGGAGACUCGUUUUGUUUUUGUUAAGCUAUAGAUCUUUUUAUUUUUGUUAAAUCAAUCCCCUCCUAUUGACUGAUGUUAUCAUUAAUUAUCUUUUAAUAUAUGGGCAUAGCUCGUGUGCAUGUAUCCAAGCUGUAAGAUGAGGGUAACACACUCGGUCACAUACAUAAAGGGACUGCAGAAUGAUUUAAUUGAUACUAAAAGCCAGCCGAUAUUAGCAUUAAAGGCCAACUUUACCUAAAAAUGAGCUUUAAUUUACUCUUCCUCACAUGAUUCAAGACUUUUUAAAAGAUGUUUUAAGCUGAAACUAUGGUUCUUGGUGGUUUUAUUAAACGCAUGUCAAUGGAUAGAGUCACAAAAAUCAUACAGGCUCAACAAAAAAUGAAUAGCCAUUGCUUCUGAUGGCGUCUUAUGAAGCGAGAUGAUUGUUUAGUGCAAGAAACUGAACAUUAUUUCUAAGGUUAUUAUCAUUCGUGGCUUGAUAACACACACAUGAGCUG